GACCCGCACACUCCCUCUCGAGGCCGUCCCUCCAGUCCCUUUAUUUUCUUUGACAGUUAUGUAGAGAAAAGAUUUCGAACGAGACUGUGGCCUUCCCCCACCCCCCGGCUGCCAUUGCCUCUUAUUUUCUCUCCUUUUCUUUUCGAGGCGGUCAGCGCAAUGGCUCUCCAGCGCGCCCUGGUUCUGGGUCUGGCCCUACUGUGCCAUGGCGUCAUUGCCAGCGCGCCGGGCUUUGCGGCGGCUGAGACGAAGGCGCUCGACCAGCACACUCAGGGCAGCGCCCCGCGGAGGCUGCACGGCAGGUUCCUGCAUAUUACUGAUCUCCACCCCGACGAAUUCUACCGCGUGCACUCAUCCACCGACGAGACCGACGCGUGCCAUCGCGGCCACGGCCCGGCUGGCACCUAUGGCGCCGAGACAUCGGACUGCGAUACGCCCUUCUCCCUCGUGAACGCCACCUUCGACUGGAUUGCCGCCAACCUCAAGGACGAGAUCGACUUUGUCGUCUGGACGGGCGACAGCGCACGCCACGACAGCGAUGAGGAUCUUCCUCGCAACCAGGGCCAGGUGCUCGGCACGAACCGCUGGAUCGCUGACAAGUUCGCCGAACUGUUUGCCGCCCCCUCGGGCCACGGCCUGGCCAUCCCCGUCGUGCCCACGUUUGGCAACAACGACAUCCUCCCGCACAACAUCCUACUACCGGGCCCCAACAAGUGGCUGCAGACGUACGCCCAAAUCUGGCGCAAGUUUAUCCCCGAGGAACAGCGCCACAGCUUCGAGUUUGGAGGCUGGUUCUACACCGAGGUCGUCCCCGACAGGCUCGCCGUCUUCAGCCUCAACACACUCUACUUUUUUGACCGCAAUGCUGGCGUCGACGACUGCGCGAGCCCGUCGGAGCCGGGGUACAAGCAGCUCGAGUGGCUGCGGGUCCAGCUGCAGUUCAUGCGCCAGCGCGGCAUGAAGGCUAUCCUGAUGGGACACGUCCCCCCGGCGCGGACGGAAAGCAAACAGCUGUGGGGCGAGGUCUGCUGGCAGAAAUACACCCUCUGGCUCCGGCAGUACCGGGACGUGAUUGUCGCCGGCCUGUACGGCCAUAUGAACAUUGACCACUUCCUGCUGCAAGACACGCACGACAUUGACUUUGGCCUGCUGUCGGGCGCCGCCGACGGAGUGGUCAGCACACGCGAGUCGAUGGAGGACGAACUCUCAGCGCAGUCGACUGCAGACUAUCUCCAAGAGCUGCGGGAUGGGUGGGCGAAGCUGGACCCCCCGGCGGCCGGCUCUUCUGGGCGGGUGAAGGAAGACAAGAAGGGGAGAAAGGGGAAGAAGAGUAAGGAUAUAUGGGGCGAGCGGUACCAGCUGUCCUUGGUCAGCCCGAGCAUCGUGCCGAACUACUUUCCGACUCUGCGAGUUCUCGAAUACAACAUAACCGGACUCGAGGAUGCCCCCGUAUGGGCAGACCCGUUCCAGACCUUUGAAGCCCCCGCUACUCAGGAAGAUACCCAGAAACACCUCGAUCUGCGGAAUACUUUCGAGUAUGACGUGGAGGUAGGGUCCGCGAGCAAGAAGAAGAAAGGCAAGAAGCACAGGGGCAAGAAGCCCAAGAACCCAAAGUUUGUACUUCCGGAGGCGCCUUCCAAGUCGUCACCACCGGGGCCUGCGUACUCGCAGCAGCCGCUGUCCCUCACCGGCUAUACGCAAUACUUUGCCAACCUAACCCACAUCAACAACUUGACGCUCGAUGUUUCCGCGGUAUGGGACGGAGACGAAUCUGACUCUGACGCGCCGUCGUCAUGGCUAGAUGGCAUCGCAUGGCUUCUCAAGUGGCGGAAAGGCAAGCACGGCGGCAAGAAGCCCAAGGCGCCGAAGCCGGACCCGCGCGAGUUCCAAUUCGAAGUCGAGUACAGCACGUUCCACGACAAGAUCUACAAGCUGGGAGACUUGACGGUCAACAGCUUUGUCGAUCUGGCCUACCGGAUAGGGGAGAACGACAAGAGUGGCGGCAAAUCUGCCUUGGCGGAUGCGGAGGGACGUGAUUUUGAUGAUGACGAGGUUGAAAGUGCUGAUGCUGAGGACGAUGAUGAGGAAGAGGAAGAGGAUGAGUCAGAGUUUGACGACGACGAUGACGAGUUCGAAGCUGACAAGAAGAAAAAGGGGAAUAAAGACAAGAAAAAGAAGAAGAAAAAGAAGAAGAAG